AUUGUAAUUAUUUUAAUAAAUGGAAGAAGAACAGUAUAGUAUCCCAAUGUUAGGAAAUCAGCUCUCUGAGAGGUUUGGACAGGAUAUAGCCUACACAACUGUACAAAAGUGCCAGAAUCAUUGUAUCUCAAGCUACUCAGAAGGGUCUCUCCUUCCUACUGAGGAGAAAUGACUAAGAAAUUGUUUCUUGAAGAGCUAUGAUUUCUUUAAGUACGCAGAUGAAGAGAUCAAGUUCUUCCUCAGGCAAAAGCAAUAAUAAUUCCUUUAUACAUUAUAAAUGCA